UUCCUCUUCCGGGGCGCCUGGGAGCUUCCCCCCCCCCUCUCUCUCUCGCUAGUGGUGCGCGCGGCGAUGGGGCGAAGGCGGCACCAGCGGCGGAAGCAGCAGCAGCACCGGCCGGGGCCCCCGGAGGCGGCUGGCGGCGGCGGGUCGGCUCAGGAGGAGGAAGCGGCGGCGGCUGCACUUCAGCCUCCUGCCCGCCGUCCUCCGCGCGGCGCCCCCCCGGGUCUCCCGCGCGGCGCCCCCCCGCUGGCCCUGUGGGAGCUGGGCCAGUGCGACCGGCGGCGCUGCACGGGGCGGCGGCUGGCGCGGAAGGGGCUGGCGCGGACGCUGCGCCUCGGACAGCGCUUCGGCGGCCUCGUCCUCAGCCCCGCCGCCGCCCGCCUCGUCUCCUCCUCGGACAGACAGGUUGUGGCUCAGAACGGUGUUGCAGUGAUUGACUGCUCUUGGGCAAAGCUGGACGAGACACCGUUUAACAAGAUGAUGGGAAGCCACCUCCGGCUGCUGCCCUACUUGGUGGCUGCAAAUCCAGUGAAUUAUGGCCGGCCCUACAAACUCUCCUGUGUGGAAGCAUUUGCUGCUACUUUAUGCAUUGUGGGAUUCUAUGAUCUUGCCACAACCCUGUUGCAAAAAUUUAAGUGGGGAAAAGUGUUCCUUGAUUUGAAUAGAGACCUCCUGGAGAAAUAUGCAGCUUGUAACUGUGAAGAGGAGGUACUGAGAGUUGAACAAGAAUUUCUGGCUACUGCCCAUAAGAAAGAAGAAGAAGAAAUAGAUCCCUUUGAUAACGACUCUGGGAAGGAGUUUUCUAAUCCCAACAGGCCUGCCAGAGCCUCAGGAGUAACUGCUGGUGGUGAAAGUUCAAGUGAAGAAACAGCUGAAGAUAACGAUGAGAGCAGUAGCAGCAGCUCAGAAGACCCAAGUGCAACACAUGCUGUACACAGCAAGCCAGCUAUGUGGGAAUAAAACUGCCUGAGGUUCCAGUCCUAAGCAUUCUCAGGAGGAAACAUGCUUAGGACUGGGCUUAAGACUGUGCUCUUCAGCUCCCUGGAAGUGAUCCUGCAGCCCUCAAUUCAGUACGUCCACGGAUUCCUAGGAGAGUUGUGAGCAGGUGGCUGGAAAUAAAUGUGCUGAAUGAGAAACUGCAGGAGACAGGACACCCUGCUCCUUCCUUAUGAUGUCACUGUGGAGUAAGAGCACAAGGGUGACAUUGCUGGGGCAAGACCAGAUUGUCUCUUGCCACCUGGUGGCUGGCCAGCUGCCUCUUGGAACUUACAACAGUAGCAAAGAGGGUGUGUAAAUGUGGCAGUACUAUACAUCCCCCUGUGGGUCACUUGUGCUUUGGCCACAAAAAAAAUCAAGAAUUUCCAAUCUUUCAAUCUUAAGUCCAGCUAAAAGGGGACUUGCGGCUGUGCAGAAAGCAGAGCCCUUGCCAACAUAAGCUUCCCUGGAAUUGAGGUAUGGGGCAUAUGUGUAAAUAAAGGGUUGGGAAAUUGUACUAUGAGGCACACGGGGAGCUUCCUCUUUCCAUAGUGUAUGUAUGUACCACUAGCAUUCAGAACUAGAUGGCAUCUCCCUACUGUGAACUCUCCAGUGUAUGACACUCACCACACUGCUAGACUGCUGAGGUUAAUUGAGCAAGCAGCUGCACAUCAAGCUCCUGAGCUCAGCAACUUUUCAUUAUUGUGGUGUAGUAGGAGUCAGGGUGUCUUUUAUUCUCUCCCCCAUUUUUGUAUGGAGAUGUUGAAAACCUUACGAUCCCGUUCCCCAGAAUGUAUAGUAGAUUCACAUAAAUGCCAUAAACUCUUUCAUUUCUAAA